GGAUGGGUCUGCGCGCCGUUUGCGCAGGCGCUUCGGCCCUGGCGUCUGACUAUCGCGAGAAUCGGCUCCCGGAAGUUCCACGUCAGUCAGUCUGACGGUCAGAGGUUCGGUGGCUUUCUCUCAGGGCCUGCGUAGCCGGUAACAAACGAGGUGCCAGGGAUCGAACCGACACAGCCAUGCCUUUGCGACUUGAUAUCAAAAGAAAGCUAACUGCUAGAUCUGAUCGAGUUAAGAGUGUGGAUUUGCAUCCUACAGAGCCAUGGAUGUUGGCAAGUCUUUACAAUGGCAGUGUAUGUGUUUGGAAUCAUGAAACACAGACACUGGUGAAGACAUUUGAAGUAUGUGAUCUUCCUGUUCGAGCUGCAAAGUUUGUUGCAAGGAAGAAUUGGGUUGUGACAGGAGCAGAUGACAUGCAGAUUAGAGUGUUCAAUUACAAUACUCUGGAGAGAGUUCAUAUGUUUGAAGCACACUCAGACUACAUUCGCUGUAUUGCUGUUCAUCCAACCCAGCCUUUCAUUCUAACUAGCAGUGAUGACAUGCUUAUUAAGCUCUGGGACUGGGAUAAAAAAUGGUCUUGCUCACAAGUGUUUGAAGGACACACCCAUUAUGUUAUGCAGAUUGUGAUCAACCCCAAAGAUAACAAUCAGUUUGCCAGUGCCUCUUUGGACAGGACUAUCAAGGUAUGGCAGUUGGGCUCUUCGUCACCAAACUUCACUUUGGAAGGACAUGAGAAGGGCGUGAAUUGUAUUGAUUACUACAGUGGUGGGGACAAACCAUACCUCAUUUCAGGUGCAGAUGACCGUCUUGUUAAAAUAUGGGAUUAUCAGAAUAAAACAUGUGUACAGACACUGGAAGGACAUGCCCAAAAUGUGUCUUGUGCCAGCUUUCAUCCUGAGUUGCCAAUCAUUAUCACAGGUUCAGAAGAUGGAACAGUACGUAUUUGGCAUUCAAGCACCUACCGGCUUGAGAGCACACUGAAUUAUGGAAUGGAGAGAGUAUGGUGCGUGGCCAGUCUAAGAGGGUCAAACAAUGUCGCUUUGGGCUAUGAUGAAGGGAGCAUCAUUGUUAAGCUUGGUCGGGAGGAACCUGCCAUGUCCAUGGAUGCCAAUGGAAAGAUAAUUUGGGCCAAGCAUUCAGAAGUCCAGCAGGCCAACCUAAAAGCAAUGGGAGAUGCUGAAAUUAAAGAUGGAGAAAGAUUGCCACUGGCAGUAAAGGAUAUGGGCAGUUGUGAAAUAUACCCUCAGACUAUUCAGCACAAUCCUAAUGGGCGGUUUGUGGUGGUGUGUGGUGAUGGGGAGUAUAUCAUCUACACAGCAAUGGCAUUGAGAAACAAGAGCUUUGGAUCUGCUCAGGAGUUUGCAUGGGCCCACGAUUCUUCAGAGUAUGCAAUAAGAGAGAGCAACAGUGUUGUAAAGAUAUUUAAGAACUUUAAGGAAAAAAAAUCAUUUAAACCAGAUUUUGGAGCAGAAAGUAUCUAUGGCGGCUUCUUAUUGGGAGUCAGAUCUGUAAAUGGCUUAGCUUUCUAUGACUGGGACAAUACAGAACUCAUACGAAGAAUUGAAAUUCAGCCCAAACAUAUUUUCUGGUCUGACUCUGGAGAGCUAGUCUGUAUUGCUACUGAGGAAUCAUUUUUUAUCCUUAAGUAUCUGUCAGAAAAAGUCUUGGCUGCACAGGAAACACAUGAGGGAGUUACUGAAGAUGGCAUUGAAGAUGCCUUUGAGGUUCUUGGUGAGAUUCAGGAAAUUGUGAAAACGGGGCUUUGGGUAGGCGAUUGCUUCAUUUACACAAGUUCUGUGAACAGAUUAAAUUAUUAUGUUGGAGGAGAAAUAGUCACCAUUGCCCACUUGGACAGGACGAUGUAUCUCCUAGGCUACAUUCCUAAAGACAACAGGCUUUAUCUAGGGGAUAAAGAAUUGAACAUCGUUAGCUAUUCCCUGCUGGUUUCAGUCCUGGAAUACCAGACAGCCGUCAUGCGGAGGGACUUUAGCAUGGCUGAUAAGGUCCUUCCUACCAUUCCAAAAGAACAGAGGACCAGAGUUGCACACUUUUUGGAAAAACAGGGCUUCAAGCAGCAAGCUCUUACAGUAUCCACAGAUCCUGAGCAUCGUUUUGAGCUUGCUCUUCAACUUGGAGAGUUAAAAAUUGCAUACCAGUUAGCAGUGGAAGCAGAGUCAGAACAGAAGUGGAAACAACUUGCUGAACUUGCCAUUAGUAAAUGUCAGUUUGGCCUAGCCCAGGAGUGCCUGCACCAUGCACAGGAUUAUGGGGGCCUGCUGCUUUUGGCCACUGCCUCUGGAAAUGCUAAUAUGGUGAACAAACUAGCAGAGGGUGCGGAGAGAGAUGGCAAAAAUAAUGUGGCAUUCAUGAGCUACUUUUUACAGGGCAAGGUUGAUGCCUGCCUAGAGCUCUUGAUUAGAACUGGACGGCUGCCAGAAGCUGCCUUCCUGGCCCGAACUUACUUACCCAGUCAGGUUUCAAGGGUAGUGAAACUCUGGAGAGAGAAUCUCUCAAAAGUCAAUCAGAAAGCAGCAGAAUCCCUUGCUGAUCCAACAGAGUAUGAAAACCUAUUCCCUGGAUUAAAAGAAGCCUUUGUUGUGGAAGAAUGGGUGAAGGAAACACAUGCUGAUCUGUGGCCAGCCAAACAGUACCCACUUGUCACGCCAAAUGAAGAGAGAAAUGUCAUGGAAGAGGCAAAAGGCUUUCAGCCCUCAAGAUCUACAGCUCAACAGGAACUUGAUGGGAAACCUGCUUCUCCUACUCCAGUUAUUGUGGCCUCCCACACAGCCAACAAAGAAGAAAAGAGUUUACUCGAACUAGAAGUAGAUUUGGAUAAUUUGGAAUUAGAAGAUAUUGACACAACAGAUAUCAAUCUGGAUGAAGAUAUUUUGGAUGACUGACUGUAAUGCUUUCCAUUUACCUGACUAAACAGAUCAUUAUUAUAUAUAGGUAUUGAUUGCUACCCUGACCACAGUGCUUUGGACUGUGAGACAUUUCUUACAUUUUUAUAUGUAAAUACUGUGGACCACUGGGAGCAUAAUGCCCACAUCAUCUUAAGAAGAGUUUAUGUGCAGCAUUUAAAUCACUGUGUUUUCCUUGUUAACUAAAACAGACAUGGGCUUUGAUUUUUUUCAUACUAUUAGACCGUAUCUCAUAAAACCUUUUGAAUUAAUGGAAGAUACUUUUGUUUCCUUUCUCAGUAAUGAAAACAGGCUUCUAGUUUUAGAAGGCUGAGCCGCAACUACACCUUGCCUAGGGAUCAGCCCCACUCUCUUUUAUUUGCAUAACUAAAUCUGCAUUUUCAAAUGCUGUCAAUCACAUUUUUCUUAGAGCUGAAUAUCCAUGCUGUAAUUCUCUAAACCCUUUUUCUUGACCUCAUUGCAUCAUUCCACAAGUCUUGCCCCAAUUUUAUCUAGCAGCUACCCAUUUCUGGAGUCAGGCUGUGAAACCUCUGUUCCUCUGACCUCAUUAAGCUGGGGUCUGUCCAAAUUACCAUCUACCCUAUUUGGUAACACACACAAAAAAACUUUUUAACUGUACACUCAUCUAACAUGAUUCAAAAAAUUCAUAACCGGGCACUCAAAUAUCCUUGUAGCCUAGGAAAGUGAGUAGGGUAGUAAUUUUUGCUUUGUAGGGAGAACUACAAAUUGAUACCUUUUAAUCUGGCCAUUUUUUAAUGUUUAGCUCAAUAUUAACAGAGAAAUGUAGUCAGUAUUUAGUAAAAUAAAUGUAUUUUUAAAAUAUUUUUAGGAAGCUGCAGAAUGGCGACUGAGUGCUUCUUGAUAAGUUUGCAGUGUUAGUUCUAUAUAGGCUCCCUUCUGUGCUUCUGUUUUUGCAAAGACCUGUUUAAAUUAAAAAAGUAAAGUUUUAAAACAAUAGGACAUAUGCUAUUUAUAAACUUUUUCAAUUUUGAGACAUCAUUAGCAUUUCUGUAGUAGCAAAGAGUCCUACUUAAAAAGGUCUUUCAAAUUUCACAAUUUUUCCCGAUUAUACACUAAUAAACACACAUGGACAGAAAAACAAUAUCCAACACAUUUCAAGCAAUACUAAUUCUAAACACCAGAAGUAUCCAAGUAAGACCCUGACAUUGUAUUAAUAUUAAUACUUCCUGCUAGAUCAAAAACCAUUAGGUUAGAGAGAAAUCUGGAGGCUAAAAGUUGCCAAACUGAUUUUUCACUUUAAAGAAUAUUUUCUCCAAAAACAUUGUGCUUUAUCAGGUUCAUAAAGAAAAUCAGUACUGUGGUUUCUCUCUACUCUUCCUAGGAUGUCAUCACAGGUCAUUGUUUCCUUAGUAAAACUUACAACUGUUUUGCAGCAUGCAAACAGUAUUACCAGGAUAGAAGCCAGUUCCACAAAACCACGUAUAUUCUGGGUAUUAGAAGAGAUGAAAUUAUACAAUCUCCUCCCCUUCCCUUCCUGAAAAAAUCAUCUCAACUCUCAGCAUUUACAGAUAAAUGUAUAUAAGCCCAUGGUUUUGAGAGGUGUGCAGCUCCAAAAUGAAGAACAGCUAAGGCUUGGUGAUAUACAAGCAUCACACUCUCCACUUCUUGACACAUGCCCAUUUCCCCCGAUGUGAUGUGACCACACACAGACAGGAAGCUGCUCUGGGGGACAUGUGCUACUUAGUCCUCUACCCUGUCGUGCUGGUGACUUGAACACCUCAGAUGCAGCUCAGCCCUUCCAAUGCUCCAAAGAACAAGGGGGCUGCUCCCUGCACUGUCGGAACUUCUCUGGACUCCAGCUGCUAGCCACAUCACUCAACCUACUUUACUGCACUCUAACCCCCUCCUCCCCUGUUUCUGUUGUCCAGGCUGAAGAAAUAGGGGGACAAAUCAUACUGAUGUUUUCAAGACCACAGAUGUCCCAUAUUCACAAAUCUGUUUAGUUACCAUUAAUUAUGACCCAAUUCUGAAUUUUUCCCAACUCAAUUACUACCACAAAACCACCAAUAUGGAAAAAAAAACUUUACCUUGAUUAAAUUUAUUCCCUCAGCAGCCUGAUCCUUGGCCUCUUGAGCCGACUGGCCGUCUGGAUGGAGUAUGUGAUACAGCUGGACCAAGCUGGUUGCAUCAUCGAUUCUGAGAACGAAAGGGUUUAAUGUUAUCUAAGGGUUUUCUUCAUUUGAUUCACAGUCCUGUAAAAGUGUGUGCCAACUUCAAACUACAUUUCAGACUUUCCUCAGGCUGGGGGUAUUGGGGAAGGACCUUCACUUUUACAGUUUCAAAAGCAUUUUCAGGAAAAUUGACUAAUUUAGGCCUCACACCAACUCCGUGAGGCAGGUAGGGCAGGAGUCAUUGCAGGAAGUGUCCAAUUUAUGAAAGUGAAUAUAUUCCAAAUGUGGCUAUAUCCUUUUUGGGAAAAGAGCAUCAUUUCUCACAGAAACAACAUUCCUAAUGGUAGAUAAUUUCCACGCCAGCUCACUUCACCAGCAUGUAAUAGUCUAACCCAACUCAGAGGACAGAAAUACAGCUUCAUCCCACAUAAGCAGGAGGGUGGUGGUCACAGGGAGCUCAAAGUCACUUGCCUCUAAGUGACAUCUGCUAACAGAGACAAAUGCCUCUACAAGAGCCCCCCUAAGGUUCCAAGGAAAGACUUUCAGGCCACCAGACUAUUCACAGGAACGGAUUAGUAAAAUAACUAGCAUCCUAGUGAAGCAAAUUUGAAAUCAUACACACACAUCAGACAAAAAGGAAAAUCGGGUUCUACAUCAGUAAUCUAACUUCAGCAUCACACAACUACCUAGGAAAAAGCCAGAACAAGAAUUCAGUUCUUCUGGUUUGUACUUCUCAGAAAUGUAUAAACAAUUUUUAUCAACAUUAAAACUUUCCUAGCAAAACCAAACAAUCACUAUCUUCUCACACUGCUGACACUUUCCCACCAUUUGCCAUUUCAUCACUGGAGGGCAUAUAAAAAUAACAUGCAAAAUGCUUGUGCUCUUGAGGCUCUGCUAUAUACACUAAGUGAACUACUGGCUUCCAGUUGGGAAUGGAGGGCUGAGGACACCCUAAUUCAGUGCUUCCGCAGCUAGCACUCUUCAGCCUUCCCUGUGUUCCCUUUACCUGAGCUGGGGGAUGAAGGGCAGGGUGACAGUGGGAGUAAGUAUAGAAUUCCUCAAGCCUUGGAAGCCUUACAGAAAUGCUCUGGGCUUAUCCUGAGGCUCAUGUACCCUAAAGGCCAUCUCUUGGGAAAACAGCUGUUGGUAUAGUAAAGCUUUUUGGGGGGGGGGGGGAUAAAAAAUAUUCAUUACAAAUCUAUUGUGCUUGUAUAAUCUAACAAAGUCUACUAAAUGUAGCAAUGAAAUGUCUCCCCAGUAAAAAAUUAAAAUUCCCUUUGGAGCUUAGGCGUGUGGCCUUAUAAACAGCUUAACUGGAUUGCUACCUGUUGGUAUGUUCAGGGCUUCAUUAGGUUCAUGCUGAAGUAUAAUGCCUGUGCCUCACAGAACAAUUUAAAUUUAGCUUAACACCCCACCCAUACUUCAAGAGCAAAUAAAUUAUAUUUCAAAAAGAUUUUAAAAGAAUCUCAAUAUAAAAACUAACAGUGGGACUUGAGUCUGGAAUAAAUGUGUGCAGAAUCCUAAUUCUUGCCUGAGCUUCAUUCAGUGAGGAUAUGCACCCUCUACUGUCCAGCCUGGGAUUUGCAGUAAGCUCACUGAUCUGUUCAGAAUGACCACAGGAGGGCCUUUACCUAGGAAUAGCAGGAAAAGCUAAGUACCCAAACUUCCCUCCCAGUAAGCAUGAAUUGCUUCAGAUGUAAAGCUUACAUGUGAUGAGUAACACUAUAAUAUUUAUUAAUACACCCCAAUAAAGAACUUUAAUUUUCAAA